AUGAAGCCAAGUAGUUUCAUAUUUAACUUAUUUGUUAUUGGGAGUGUCAUAUCAAGUUCAAUAUCUAAUACUGACAAAUGUGCUGGUAGAUGGCAAACUACUGAUCAAUUAAAUAUCAAAUUCACAUUAGAUUGGCAAAUCUUUCCAACGACAAAUCUAAUUGUUAUUGAAUUUCGAACAAAUCUUUUGGAGAAAGGUUUCUGGUAUGCUUUUGGACUUUCAUCUUCUCUAGAUAAUCCAGCAGCAGGACUUGUUUAUGCUCUUCGAUGGAGUGAAAAUGAUAACCAAAGUUUUUGGGAUAUAUACAAUGUGACGGAAUCAAAUAUUACUAUUGUAAAACAAAAUGGCUCAUCUUUAGUCAGAUUUCAACGUGUGUCUUCAUCGGGUAUAUUAACUGUACGGCCGAUAUUUGAUUUCACCUCAUUGAUUAACGAGCAACAAUGUUUAUAUUUUGUGUAUAUGCGAGGACGUUUUUCUGGUGAUAUACCAUUAAUACCAAAUGAAACUGUAUUCAAUCAAUCGUUAUGUAUUACAUGUUCACAAUAUGAAUCGGCAUCAACAAACGUUCAUGCAACUACACAAGAUACAACCACUGAUCUUACGAUAAUUCAGAAUUCAUCGAUUGAAUCUAUCGAUAUUUCUACAACUAAUGAUUUAAACUUAUUGAAUGAACAACUUUCAACAUCAACCUCUUAUCUAUCGUCACCAUCGAACUUAAGAACAGAAUUUAAAUUCUUAUGGUUCGGUCGAAUCAUCAAUCGAUUAUGGUCAGAUGAUUACUCUAAUCUUGAUUCUCGUUUAAGUCUAAAUUUACGUUUUAAUCUACAAGAUCUGUUUUUGUCUUUAAUCCGUCAUAACUCGUCGUUCUCUUUUCUUUGUAAUCAAUUUGAAUUGUAUUCAUUACAAUCUGGUUCCAUACUUUUUGCAAGUAAUAUUACUCUUAUUUCAAGUCUAUCAGAAAAUCAAACAAUAAAUAUAAUCGAAAAACUAAUAAAAAUAGUCAAGGAUGCAGAAGAUUUUAAUCUUAAUUUUGAUUUAUCGGCGCAUCAUAUAAAACGAGCAAAUGAGAUCUUACAAAUCGAUGAAUUAUUUAAGAAGUUUUCGGCAAUAGCACAUCAUGAUCGUGUAAAACAAGCGGAAAUCGAUACUGCAUUGCAUUUACUUUUUGGUUGUAUUGUUAGUAUAGGCUGUUUAAUAAUAUUAAUAGCAACUCUUCUAUGUCUGUAUGGGUAUUAUAAAUGUCGACGACGCCAACUUCGUCUUAUUACUGAACGACAAACAUUGAAAUUCAAACAUGAUACUAAUUCAUAUACAUGGCUAGGACAACAACCAUCGAUCAGUUCUUCUUCUCCAUAUCUAAUACAGUCAACUUCUAUUUGA